GUAGUAAUGAAGAUUUAGCCGAACUACAUAUGGAAGACACACAAUAUGGCAAGGAUGAAUGUCUUGAUGGUGAUACAACUGCUAUAUUAGGUAAGCCUCUACAAGCUUGGAGCUCUUUACUUAAAGAAGAGAUUAACAAGGUGUCAAAAAUGAAGUAUAAAAUAGGUGCCCAUAAGAUUGAGAACCUAGUAGAUGGCAUGUACAAUGUCCCUAUAGAGAUCUCAAAAAAAGGCUUUUCUCAUUGGGAAAAUGCCUUGGUUGGAUACUUUAUUGAUAAAAGAUUCUCUUUCCAUUAUGUGAAAACUUGGGCAGAGAAACUUUGGGGAAAUUUGCUUGAGGAUGUUAUCUCCAUUGAUCAUGGGUUUUUUAUUUUUAAAGUAAAAAGUGAAGAGGCUAUAGACAAAAUUUUGGAAGAUGGCCCCUAUUACGUUGGGGCCAAAUUGAUUGUUGUUAAAAAAUGGCAACCUGGACUAAAACUAACAAAGUGUGAAUUUUUGAGUGUGCCGUUUUGGGUGAAGUUGUAUAAUGUUCCUCUGGAGCUUUGGACUGAAGAAGGUUUGGGUUACAUUGCUAGCAUCAUGGGAACUCCUCUUCAUUUGGAUGAGCCUACGUUCAAGAGAAGCAGACUUACGUUUGCGAGAAUAUGUAUUGAAGUGCCAGCAAAUGAAGAGAUCCCUAAGUCUUUCAAAAUAAAUCUUGGUUAUGGUGACCCAUAUGAGAUUCAAGUUGAGGUUCCAUGGAAGCCUCAAAGGUGUGAUGGUUGUAAGACUUUUGGUCAUACCACUAAUUUGUGUCCUCAGAAGUCAAAGACCUUGAACCCUCCAUCUUCCAAACAAGAAUGGAGAGUCAAGGAGACUAACAUACAAGUUCCAACCAAAUGGGAAGUGGUGAAGAAAAAAGGGAGAGAUGGUGGGCAAGGUUCAACGACAGUGAUAAACAAAGAGGCAGAGACGCAGUGUUUCACCCCAUCAACAUCUAAUGCUUUUGAUGUCCUUGAAUCAUGUGAUAUGGGAGAGUUGGGAAAUGGAGAAUUAAAUCAAGAGUUGUUGUGUCAAACAAAGAGCCUACAAAGUAGAGGGAGUCCAUCUCCAAGUGAUCCCAUUAAUGAGGAGACUACAAAGGAGGAUAACAGAAGAAAACUCAAAGCGAAACUUCAUUACUUAAAGAGUGCUAGAGGGAAAUUUUGAAUCCUUUGUUGUGUUUGGUGUUUUUGUCGUCUAUAGGCUUAGUUUGUUUCUUUUGAGGGAGUAGUUUAUUUCUAUGUUUAUGUUUGUUCUCCCUACAAAGGAUGUGUAUUGAAUUUCAUUGUAUAUCUAUCUUUUUUGGUUAUAAUAUAACUUACUUAUCCAAAAAAAAAAAAAAAAAAAAUAGACACACACACAGCCUUCUUUUCACACCCAGAUUUUCUUAACACACAUACUCGCAUAACACCCAAUUCUAGAUUAUUCUACAAUUUAGGGGUGGUUUGGGAUGUCUUGAGUUUGAAGUGAUGUAAUAGAGAGGUGAUAUGACUUAAAUA